AUGUCAAACUGGGGGUUUCUGGAGAACGUCCUGAGUGGGGUGAACAAGUACUCCACAGUCAUCGGCCGCAUCUGGCUCUCCAUCGUCUUCAUCUUCCGCAUCCUGGUGUACGUGGCGGCUGCUGAGCAGGUCUGGAAGGAUGAGCACAAUGACUUUGUCUGCAACACCCAGCAGCCUGGCUGUGAGAACGUGUGCUUCGACCACUUCUUCCCCAUCUCCCAGAUCCGCCUGUGGGCCCUCCAGCUCAUCAUGGUGUCCACUCCAUCCCUGUUGGUGGCUCUACACGUGGCCUACCGCGAGAACAGGGAGAGCAGGCAUGGCAAGAAGCUGUAUGAGGACAAAGGUAGGAUUGAUGGAGGUCUGCUCUGCACCUAUAUCCUCAGCCUCGUCUUCAAGACUACCUUCGAGGUGGGCUCCCUCCUGGCCUUCUACUUUCUCUACAGUGGCUUUGACGUUCCCAGACUGCUUCGCUGCAGCCUGGACCCUUGCCCUAACACCGUAGACUGCUACAUCUCCAAAGCCACUGAGAAGAUGGUCUUCCUCUACAUCAUGGGCUGCACGUCCAUAUUGUGUAUUGUACUGAAUGUCUCGGAGAUGGUAUACAUCCUAUCUAAACAGUGCUGGAAGUGUUUUAGCAAGCGGUAUAUCCCCAUUGAAGAGAGAGCUCACUGGCAUUGUUUUGAAUACUCGUCAAACUCACUUCCUUCUAGGCCCGUGUCUGCUGUGUCCUCGCUGUCGGAUAUCUCUGAGGAGGUCUCAGACUUAGAGUCAUCGCUCCUGGCAGCGCGGAGGUUUCUACGUCUUGGGUAUUUCUUGCAGAAUAUGAAGUGGCUUCUCUGCUCUUCUAAGUAUCGCUCGGACAGUCCGUGCCCCAUGUAG